AUGUUCGUCGUCAUGUUUUGCGCUGUACUUGUCUGCAGUAUUCUGACGGUGGUUGCUGAGAAAGAUGUAUUUGCGGAGAUUUCUACGGACUACAAUAAAGCCAUACGCCCUAAAUACGAUGCAAGCUAUACCACUAACGUUACCGUCAAACUUGUUCUUUUUUCUCUAUUAUCAGUGAACGAACAAAUGCAAACAGUUCGUUUUGUCAUAGAUAUGGCUGUUCAGUGGAUCGAUCCACUUUUAACAUGGACAGCAGCUAGCAGCCCCUCGACGACCCUGAAGAUUUCAGAACAAAAAGUCUGGAUCCCCGAUGUUACUUUAUUCACUGCGGUUUCUAAGAAGGAUUUGAUCAGUAACGAACAUCGAUUGGUCGUGUUGAUGAAUAAUGGUACUGUUGUAAAAUCUGGACCUCAGAUCGUUUCACACCAAUGUCAAAUCAACAUCUUAAAAUUUCCUUUCGAUGACCAAACGUGCACUUUUUCGUUGGGAUCCUGGGUCUACACAAACGCCAACUUACGACUCUUUACUCCGUUUGAGCAGUAUGAACUGUCGGAAGAUUUCACGGGUAACACGCAAUGGAAGCUACUAUCACUCAAAGCAGAACUCACUGUUGAUUCUACAUAUGAGGAGGGCGAUUUUGAUGUUCUACUUCUUACUGUUCAUCUGCGACGGCAUCCACAAUUCUACAUCCUUGCCAUCAUCGUUCCGUCGUUUGUCUGCACUUUUUUAUGUCUCAACGGUCUCUUUUUGCCCAGUGAAAUUAGCGGUUUGAGCAUUGAAAAGGUAUCGCUGGGGGUAUGCACACUCUUAGCAAUGGCUCUAAUCCUACAAUCUGUCACUGGCACUAUGCCAAAAUCGCAGAAACUUGCUUUACUCGGUGUCUACGUAUUAGCACAGACAAUUCUAUGCGGGGUUGCUGUUCUGGUCACCUCGAUAUACUUGAUCAUUCACGAACGAGCGGUUACACGAUCCUGGAAUCCGCCCAGAUGUCUCUCCACCACCUUUCUUAACAGAAAAUAUGAUCGUAAAAUUACGCACAGUGAUGGAACACAACAAGAUGAUCAGAGAUCCACCCGCAUUUCACCGUAUCUAGCAACGAUCUCCUCAUUUUUGCAUGAAACUUCCUCCGACAGCCGUUCAGAGCGUAUGUGGGCUCGAAUCUUCGACAGAAUCAAUGUUUUGACUUUGAUUGUAUUUCAAUUGGCUAAUCUCAUAGUGACCUUAGUCAUAUUAUUAUAA